AAAAGAUCUCCGAAGUUUCACAUCGACGACAACUAAGCUUCGAGGGGUCGCCUCGCACCACCUAAGUUAGAAUCGCCUCAGCCCAAAAAUGUGAGAGGGAUGGCCAAAUGCGGGAUGAUCGUCUCCCUUUCCGGAAUGCUGGGGGGCGCAUCACUUGUGCGCCGAGGCUAUUCGCCACCUCGACCCAAAGGUUACGGAAUAGGUAUUAUGAGAAUAGGAUUAAUUUUCUUCCCUCGCGGAGUUAAGGAACCAGGAGAAGGAGAACCAUCCACCUGCAAUGCUAGGCUUCGCCUAGCAUUCCUCCGAUCUAACAGACGGCCGUCACAGUGGCAUCUGAAACAUGGUGCUCGCUUGUUUGAUCUGCGGCACGUCCGCCAAGACUCGGUACGGUACGGUAGUAUCCAGCGCAGCCUGCCGUUACGUACUCGAUUACCCUUCGAUCUCGCGCGCCAGUGAUGCAGCGAGUCGGUUGCUUAUCCUAAGGAUUCAAUUAUCGCCCAACUCCAGAUAAAUCGUUCGCACCAGGUAUUAGCGGAGCUGAUCAUCAUGUACAGCCGCCUUCUCGAAGGAGUCGAUCAACAUCUUGACCACACAAGCGAACUGCGACUGAAGGACAUGUCUCACCUGGGGGUGAAUCAUAAACCACCGAGGAUAAUAUUAC